AUGUCUUCGCCUCCCGUCGCCAGCAUGGACACAAAACCGUCCAGAGUCAAGCGCACACUGACCGAGGAGCAGUUGGACAAGAAGCGCAGUAUCGACAAGAUCAAGCACCGCGAGAACCGCGCCGAAAAUAAGGCACGCCUUGAAGCCAUUGAGCGCGAUGUAUCCUUUCUCCGCCACAACAUUGGCGACCUCGUCUUGCAGCUUCGCCAGCUCAAUGUUGUCCAAGCGCCGCCUCAGCACCGCCUGCCGCCUGUCUUCUCCCACAGCGGCCCGUCAACCUCCUCUCAGGACCACUUGCACAACCUAUCCAAUCCAAUUCUGAGUCUUACCAAGCCGGAAUCAUGGAAUUCACCCCCAGGCUCAGGCCCGGCCCCGGUCGACGCCGCCGCCGCCGCCGCCGCCUUUUACACCUCGGCGGCCGAUCACAGCACCACCGAGCGCCUCUACGCCCAGCACACCUUCCCGCAACGGCCCCUCGAGGCGCAAAUGGACUUGGAGGCGCUGCUGGCCGAGGUUCGCGACCAGGGACUCAUGAUCGAGUGCCGCUGCGGCAGGCCGCACAGCGCCGACGUGCAGUGCACCGAGCGCAUUGCCGUCAUCAUGGCCGUCGAAUUUAGCAGCAUCUCUAGCCACAACAGCCAACGCGUCAUGACGGCGCCGCGCAAUCCUACCCUGCCGGAAAUGCUGCUGCACCACACGGACAUGUCGAAUCCGCUCGCGGCUAUUGUGUCAUCUAUACUGCGGCAGUACGACAUGACGCACAUUGACUCGCUGUGCGGCUGGCGCUACUACCCUUCGGCCGAUUCCAUGGCCGACGUACCUGCGAUUAUGCGUCCGACGCCGGCGCAAAUGACAAUAUCGCAUCCCAAGAGCCUUGACUUCAUCCCAUUUCCCGCGCUGCGCAACUAUCUGUGCCUCAACCAGAACAAGGACGCGCGGCACUCGGUGGACCUAUACCUGCGGUCGCUGCGCCUGGUGCUGCCGCCGGGCCAAAGCCUGCUGACCAAGACGGAGCGCGGGUGCGUCGAAUUGAAUCCGGAAUUUGAGAUGAUGGCGUCGGACGUGCGGAACUGGGACAUGGGGCCGCCGUGGUCAGAGUGUUUUCCGCAUCUGCGACAGUUUUUGUAUUAA